CUCAUACUCGGUUUGAAUGUCCCCUUUCAAAAAAAUGUAAACCAAGAAAAAUUAGACUAAACUUUACGUCAACUAAUCAAUUUCGGCGAAACUGGCCAAAUUUUUAAGUCAUCUAGAACCAAGUGAAAAAAAUGCAGCCAAGAAACGAAAAUAAUAUGACACCCAAUUAUCAAAAUGAUUUCUCUCAAAUGAGUCAAAAUAAUUUUCAACAACAGCAGCCGCAUCAACAAAACUUCCAAUCCACGCAAUACAGUAACUUUAAUCCUUUCAACAUUAACCAACCAGCAGGGUCAAGUCUUCAGAACCAAACUUACCAACCUCAUCAAACAGAAUUUUAUGGAAGUCAACAACCACUACCAAAUGGAAAUCUAAUGACAAGCCAUUACCAACCUACUUCACAUCCAUAUUCCUCUUCGCCAGGAAUGCAAAAUCAAAAUUAUUAUGGGCCCUCACCUCAAACUCUUAUGGACCAAUUUCGAUCUUGUAUGAAUAGCGCAUCACCAAUUUUCAUACUGCCCAAUGUUUGCCCCAAUGCUUCCCCAGCAGCACCUGAAAUGCAGCCCACAUCAAUAAUGGGACAAAAUAUGGGUCACCACAUGAAUUAUCCACAAAUGGGUAUGCCUUACUCACCACCUCCAACUUUUUGCUGUCCACUAUCAUGCAUUCCAUAUCCUCUACCAAUCCCAAUUUACAAUCAGUUUUCCCAUCAAGAUCGCCAGAAGGAAAAAUCUCAAAAUUGUGAAUGCUGUCGAAAAUCGUAUGGGGUGAAAGAAACUUUCAGGAAUGCAAAUAUUUUUAAUGAAAUGGAAGACCACAAAUGCAAAGAAAGUAAAGAUGAUACCAUUUGUUCAAAGAAAAAUUGCCCCUCAGCUUUGAAUUUGCAAGCCCUGGCCUCACAAUUUCUUUCCAAUCAAGGAAUCAUAUCUUGUGUUGCAACUAGACUAGUUUUGCGAAAAGUUCCUGGAUCCAAUAUUACAACAAACAUUGAUGAAACUAUUGACAGAGCGCAAAAGGCAAUUAAUCAACUAAAUAAAGAUCAGCUUUUGACUGAAUCCAGAAAUGCACAGCAAGUGAAUGCUUUAAUUAAUCUCCACAUGACUGCCAAUCCUCCACCGAACAUUAUACCUAUUUUGACAAUGAUUCAGUUGAAAGUGAAUUUGUUGAAGGCACAGGUGGAAAAUUUAAUCAACAAGAAAUUAAUGGAAAAUCAAGGAGUUGGAGCUGAAGUAGCUGGUAAUUUUGAUCCUCUGGUGCUCGCCUUAAAAACAGAUGCAGAGCUUAGAGAAUUUUUGGCUGCCCUGAGGCAGAAGGAAUGCGAGGAGAGGGUGAAUUUGAAUUUCGCACCUUAUCAUGCGCAACGAGUCAUCGCACAGAGUCAUCUAACAAAUAUUCAAAACAAAAUAUCCCAAGUGGAGACUGAAAUGGAAAGAAGGCAAAGUAGCUUGAUGCCAAGAAUUUCGAUUAUAAAUUGGACACAGCGACAAUUUUUUGAUCCAUUUUCCAACUGGCAAAAUUCGACAUUCCUUGAUUCUCUAUUGUAUCAAACCCCUCAAAGUUUUCAACAGAAAAAUUAUGAAUCACCAGAUCCCUUCAUCAUUCAGGUGCGCAGUCCCAAGCGACUUAACUUGAAGCCUCACGUUGGAAGUCCUGAGACGACUUACGAAAGUCCCAGAGAAGUUGUAAUUCAAAAUUCCACCUCUAAAAUCACGAAAGAGAUCCAGAAUAAAAACGAGUGCCCUGCUCCAUCACAUUUUUCCACUUUUUCGGAUGAAAGCAAAACUAAAAAAAAAAUUCGAAAAAAACCCAAAAAAAGCGACCAUUCAAUAAUUGUUGAGAUUGAUGAUAAUAGUAAUGAUAAUAAUAAUGAUGAUAGUGGAAACAAAUCAUUUAGUGGAAAUUCAUCCUUCAAUAUGAACAAAACCGAGUCUCCGUUUAAAAGAAUCUCCUCAAAUGAAACAAAUAAUGAUAGUGGAUAUCAGGAAAAAAGUAAUUUUGAAGAAAGAAGCAUUGAGAUAAACAAUUCUGUAUUUUUGAAUAACUCUACUUUUGAAAAAGAAAUGGAUUAUGAUAAUGAUACAGAAGAAAAAAGUGUGCUUAAAAAAAAGGAUAAAUCUCAAGAAAUUGCUCGUAUUGAUUCCACGGAGAUUCAAGAAGAUAGUCCUGAAAAAAAUUUAAAUUAAGACAAAUUUAUGAACAAUUGAACAAUAAAGCAAUUAGCUAUUUUUAUUCUGACUUUCCUACA